UCAAGUCCUCCCAGCUCGCCGGCCACCUCACCUCGCGACUCGCGUGGCCUCCUCCCGUUCCGAGUCCGUCGGCCUCAACGACUAGUUGAGCGCUCCGCCGCCGCCGAGGGUCCGGCGAGGGGAGGAGGCUCAUGGAGCGGCUGUAGGCUCCGUUUUCAGCAGCCGCCGCUGGUGCUCGGGAGGGGGCCGCGUGUGGGAGUCCGUGAUUUUGGACGCCCCGCCGCGGUGAGAUCCGAGGGCGCGCGGCUGCUGUGCGGGGGGUUUGAGGUUUGGUGGCGGCUUGCUGCUGUGCGGUGACGAGGAGGGAAGGCCAUGGCGGGGUCCAGGUUCGGGUCGUUCAAGUCGGAGAAGGGCGACUCGGCCGCCUCCGCGGCGGCUGCCGCGGGUGGGGCGGCGCAGAGGAGGGACCCGUACGAGGUGCUCGGGGUGGGCCGCAGCGCCACCGACCAGGAGAUCAAGAGCGCCUUCCGACGCAUGGCGCUCAAGUACCAUCCGGACAAGAAUGGCGAUGACCCCGUCGCAUCUGACAGGUUCCAAGAGGUCACAUUCUCCUACAACAUCCUGUCAGAUCCCGAUAAGAGGCGGCAGUACGAUACAUCAGGAUUCGAGGCAAUCGAAUCUGAUAGUCAGGAGUUGGAGCUGGACCUAUCGAGUCUCAACACUGUAAACACCGUGUUUGCAGCUCUUUUUAGUAAGCUUGGCGUGCCAAUUAAAACAACUGUUUCAGCAACCGUUUUGGAGGAGGCAUUGAAUGGCUCGGUUAUGGUUUCUCAGCUCCAGCUAGGAAGCUCAGUGCAGAGAAAGGUGGAAAAGCAAACAGCCCAUUUCUAUUCUGUGGACAUAACCGAGAAACAAGCGAAAAUGGGGCUAGUUUGCCGCGUUCACUCAAACGAUAAAAGCAAAUUCAAGUUGCUUUAUUUUGAACUUGAAGAAAAUGGCGGGCUGAGUCUUGCACUGCAGGAAGACAGUGUGAAAACUGGAAAGGUUACUGCUGCAGGGAUGUAUUUCCUUGGCUUCCCUGUGUACCGUUUUGAACAAAAUAACUUGGCAGCUGCUGCAAAGGAUUCUGAUGGUGCAUUCUUUAAAAGAUUGGAUAGCUUUCAACCAUGUGACAUACAUGAGCUGAAACCUGGAACCCACUUUUUUGCUGUCUAUGGUGACAAUUUCUUCAAGAGUGCAAAUUAUACUAUAGAGGUAGUGUGUGGUGAAUCGUUCCCUGCUGAAAAGGAGAUGCUGAGAAGUGUAGAAGCAAAAAUACUCACAAAACGAGCUGAGCUGUCCAAAUUUGAGUCAGAGUAUAGGGAGGUUUUGGCAAAGUUCACUGAAAUGACUAGCAAAUACACACAAGAAAUGCAAACGAUCGACCAGCUUCUGAAGGAGAGGAAUGAAAUCCAUGCUUCCUACACCAACAAUCCACCUCUAAAACGGAGUUCUAGCAGGAAUAAAGCAAAAUCACCUUCAAAAAUGCCCAAAAAUGAUGCAGAAAAGCAUCAUCAGAAGGAAAAGAAAGUGAAGGAUCACUGUAUGGAGGGAUACGGUAGUGAAGAUGAUAAUUCAAGCGAAAAGAAACCAAAAGAGCGGUUCCCAAGGAAGAAAUGGUUGAACAUUCCAUUUAAACUUGACAGGAGAAAGUCAUGCUGAGCAAUGUUGCCCCCUUCGCUUCACUCAAUUGAAGCCCCCACCCCAUCUUUAAUACCACUCUUAUUAUUUCCUGUAAAGAUCAUAUGUGAGCCUGAGAAUUGAGGCAUGGUGUAAAGUAAUUCAUUUUAGCUUAUGUUCUGAAGCGUUCACUGGCUAGUUGCUGGCUUGCUGCUCUUCGCAUUGGAUCUAGAGGGCCCCUGCUCUCUACUCCAUGAUGCAUGGGAGUGAGAUUAAGAGGAUAUAUUCUCUGAUGACCUUUGUAGCUUGUGUAAGGUUCUAUGUGCUGCGAACCGUAGGGUAGCUAUAUAUUCGUUUGUCACAAGAAUCUGUGGGUGUCUAUUGUUUUGAUUGGCUAACGACUACUGUAAAUACUACUCCCCUGAUGUAAAUACGAAAUUCGUUCGUGUGCAUUACCGUGGCACGGCUGGUGCUUGUGUUUAGUGAUGUAGGUAGGCUGCGUUUUCUGUAAAACUCUGAAGUUAACUGUUAACAAAUGAUGCCUUCAUUGAUCU